AUGUCAUAUCCAGCUGGAGCUAGACCAGAGGGUGUUCCACCCCCACCCCCACCGGGACCACCAGGGUUUCCAGCCCCUAUUGCUGUGGACUAUCUGCCUUUGAUACGCGAACUUCGGAUGAUGGGUACACCGAGGUUCGAGGGGACUCAGAGACCUGAGAUUGCGGAGGAUUGGCUGAUCCACAUCUCUAAGGAUCUGGAUUAUGUACGAUGCCCGCUGCAGUACCGGGUAGAGAUCGCGAGCCACCAUCUGUUUGGAGAGUUUGAGGAGAAGUACUGCCAGAAAGGAGAUCAGGAUCACCGGAUUGUGGAGUUUCUUCACUUAGAGCAGGGUGAUCGCACCUUAGCUGCCUAUGAGGCAGAGUUCACCCGUCUGCUGCGAUACGGGUCACAUCUGGUGACGACCGAGAAGCUGAAGAUCCAUAAGUUUGUGACUGGGUUGCGACCAUAUCUGAGAAGGCGGAUUGAGAUCCAGGAGUAUCCUACUUUGAGUAGGUAUAUGACUCAGCUACAGAAGUUGGAGAGGAGGGAACAGGAGGAGGAACAAGAGGCGAGGGACCGAGAGAGGAGUCCUCUGAGGCGAAUUACGUUCACUCGCCCUUCCUCCAGUUCCAGACAGGUGAGUCAACCCCGUGAUAAGGGGAAAGCACCAGCGUUUCGUCCGGCGGCCCCACUACCGUCGGCACUGCCAGAACCGCGCAAAUCUUGCCCACGAUGCGGACGAGAUCAUGUUGGACCAUGCCGCACAGGUUAUACUUGUUACCGUUGUGGUCAACCUGGCCACUUCGCUAACCAGUGUAUCGGGGAUGUAGACACUUCCAGCCAGCAGGGAGCCACACCUCCACGUCCCCAGCCACCACGUAGAGGGGGCGUAGCGCCGCGAGUGUACAUGCUUUCUGCGGAGGCAGAGGCUCAAGAUGACGGGACCUACUUUGCCCAGGAGACGGUCACCAUUGAUGCUGUUGUUGAGGGUGACCCAGAGUAG